GGCAGCAUCACUUGACCGAAAUGUUAAAAAACGAUAAAAAGGCAUGGAAGAGUUGGAGAGGGAGAGUCCAACGAAUCUAAGUGUCAGACUUGAAAUUCACUUAUCCAUUGAAGCUCUUGCAAUGUUUCUUCUCAAGGCAUGGAGACAAACAGCUUUUGGAGUUUAUGGGUACCUGAAUUUCACCAAGUCUGGUUUCAUAGAACAUUCAAAGAAAUUCCAGUCAGAGGAUAUGCAAGCACGGAUAGAAGGGAAAAAUUGCAUUGUAACAGGAGCUAAUUCAGGCAUUGGUUAUGCAACUGCCGAGGGACUUGCAUCUCGCGGCGCAACUGUCUAUAUGGUUUGUCGGAAUAAGGAGAGGGGUGAAGCUGCACAGUCUAAAAUCCAAACUGAUACAGGAAACCAAAAUGUUCAUUUGGAGGUCUGUGAUCUAUCAUCUGUUAGUGAUAUCAAGUCAUUUGCGUCCAAGUUUUCCACAAAGAACAUGCCAGUUCACGUAUUGGUGAACAAUGCUGGUUUGCUUGAGCAUAAUAGAGUUACCACAUCAGAGGGGUUUGAGUUGAACUUUGCUGUGAAUGUAUUAGGCACCUAUGCCAUGACGGAAUUGAUGUUGCCAUUGCUGGAGAAAGCUACACCUGAUGCCCGUGUUAUUACUGUUUCCUCUGGUGGAAUGUACACUACACCAUUGACCAAGGAUUUACAGUUUAGUGAUGGGAACUUUAAUGGCGUGGAACAAUAUGGUCGAAACAAGAGAGUUCAGGUGGCGUUAACAGAGAAAUGGGCUGAUACAAACAAAAACAAGGGGAUUGGAUUCUACUCAAUGCACCCAGGUUGGGCUGAGACACCGGGGGUUGCCAAGAGUUUGCCAAGUUUCUCUAAAGCUCUAUCGGGAAAGCUUAGAACGAACGAGCAAGGUGCAGACACCGUAAUUUGGUUGGCUUUACAGCCAAAAGAAAAACUUGUAUCGGGAGCAUUUUAUUUCGAUAGAGCAGAAGCACCUAAACACCUUUUGUUUGCAGCAACAAGCCGGUCUCAUACUGAAAUCGACUCCAUUUAUGACACUCUAAGUAGGUUAUCUGGGACCUCCGCAUAAGUUUAAUUCGAAAAACGCAUACUGUGAAGUCUUGCUGGAAACUUUUAUGGGUAAAUUUAUUAACAAAGGGAUGGAAAGGAUCAGACUUUGCCUUGCAUAUGGGGCUUUAUACAGGCAUAAAACACGUUUUAGUGUCCCUUUAGUGCCCCGUUAUUGUUUGUUUAGUGAAAAACUGUAUUUUUAUUGAAGAUUUGUAAAAGGUUGUAUUUAUGUAUAUUUCUGAUUUUUGUUUAUGUAGAGUUGCAGAAUUUAUUUUCUGAAUUCUGAUUAAAUAUACUGAAUAUAUGAUUGUAGUUCUUAAAAUUUAAUUUUCUCUGAA